UCCGCCACAGUCGCGGUCGAGCGUGGCAUCCAAUCGCACCAGGACACUCCGCUCCGGAGGUUUUUUCCCGAUUGGACUCAGUCACGUGGAGGCGCUAGACGAUCCGACAUGCCCGUCAAGAUUUUAAACCAUUUGAAAAAUGGUAACCGAUAAAAAAAUAAUCCUUGUAUCAUUUGCGAUGUCCGCGACAAGAUACGGUGAAAAUAUUUUCGGUAUUUCGCGAUUUUAAAAUGUUUGAGGAAUAAUGGAAAUUCGAAGUUUGUGGAUGUUUGUCGUCUGUUUUGUUCUUGUGGCAGGAUGGAUGGCGGGAACUUGCGAGAGUAUUCGAUGGCUAUCACUUCAACAUUCCCAUUUAAAUUGGAAUGUCAGCUCGGUAAAUAACAAUCAUGGAAGAGGAAUCAGAUCAGGGAUUAGAUCACCUUGUACAUUAGCUAGAAGAAGGUACGGUUUAGUUAAAAUCCAAGCAAAACUUUGUCGACAUUCAAUGGAAACAAUGCCGCAUAUACAAAAAGCUGCCAUGCUGGCUUCCGAUACGUGUCGAGAAAUAUUUCGCGACAGAAGAUGGAAUUGUUCUUCAAUUACAACGGCACCUUUUCUUACUCCCGAUUUAACAAGAGCAACUAGGGAGCAAGCAUAUGUGUACGCCAUUAGCUCGGCGGCCUUGGUGUACACGCUGGCACGUGCAUGUUCAAGUGGCAAUUUACAUCAAUGCACAUGCGCGAGCAAACCAAUCAACUCGCCUACAGAUAGUUUUCAAUGGGGAGGAUGUGGAGAUAAUGUCAGAUGGGCAUCACAAUUUUCGAAGAGAUUUAUAGAUAACGUGGAAAAACACAAUCUGCUAAAAAUCGAAAAAACUAAAAGAGCCAAAGAUUUAAAUGAGGAAAACGAUGUAUUUAAAAAUGAAGUAGCCAUCGUUAAUCUUCAUAACAUUAAAAUGGGAAGGAAGUUAAUUACAGCCAGUGUUCAUAACGAAUGCAAGUGUCAUGGUGUAUCGGGUUCCUGUAAUAUUAAGACUUGUUGGAAAGCUUUACCACCGAUGAUCAAGAUAGGAAAGGAAUUGUUACAAAAAUUUACCACUGCAAAAGUGGUGUCGCAAAAAACUGUAGAACGUCUCGAACAAAAAACGAAAAAGAAGGCCGUACUCUCCGAUGAGCUGGUGUAUAUUUCGAAAUCUCCAGAUUAUUGUACCAAGGAUGAAAAGUUGGGAAGCUUUGGGACAAUGGGAAGAUUGUGCAACGUGUCCUCCAAUAGCCUAGAUAGUUGCAGACAACUAUGUUGCGGCCGCGGCUACAAAACGGUAGUCGAAGAAAAAAUCGAGAGAUGCCAGUGCAAGAUUUACAAUUGUUGUUACGUUAAGUGCAAAGUAUGUCGAACUAUGACGCAAGUUCAUGAGUGCUUAUAAAAAGCGCGGCAUCCAGUGAAAUGGACAUAUCUUAAGUUACUGUUUUAAAGUUAUUUAUUUAUUUAAAUUAAAUUAUAUUAAAUACAUACAACUAAAAAAGUUAAAUAUAACUUACGUGCUUGUCACUUUAACAAAAAGAUUAUAUAUUCAAAUAUUAUUGUACAUACAGGGUGAUCUAGCGUUCCUAAAAAGCUCUGAAUCAGGGUUCUUUGUUUGAAUUUUCACUCCGAUGGUUUUUAUACUAUAUGCAGCCCAUAUUUUGGUCAACAGGCAGGGUGAUUUAACAUUUUCAAACUAAAAUUGUAUAUGUUUAAAUGGAAUGAAGAAAGAAACAUAUUCUCUUUACAAAUAACUCCAAAAUAACCGAUAUAUUCAAGUUUAAAAAUUAAAAAAAGAUGCAGAUGAAAAUUUGGGGUAAACAGGCAGUUCUAAACAGUUUUAAAAUGUAUACAGGAAAAUUUAAAAGAAAAUACACGAUUUUCAACAUCUUUUUUGCGAAACAACAAUUUUUUUUAUAACCCAACCUCUAGACGUGUUCUCACAUUACAUCAAAGGAGGUGGAAUGAACCAAUUGAAGACAUGAGUAGAUAAAGAUGUCAUGUCGCUUUUUGAGAGUUUCGAGUAAAUCGACAAAACACGUCUAAAAAUUAUUGAAGGUGUAUGUGACAUGACACUUUUAUCACUUAGGAUAUUCUUUAUGGUAUAUAUAUAUUUGAUAUUUAGAGUCUAUCAUAGAUAAAGGAAAUAAAUUUAGAUUGGAAAGCCCGUCAAGAUUUUAGAUCGCGAAAUUGUUUUGGGUCGCGACUGUUGUAC